AUGGCCGCAGCGAUCCCAUUCUUGCGAGGGGGACAACUCAACCUCAUAGUGCAGGCGGCCCCGAGUUUAUGGACCGGGUACACAUCCAGUGCGAUGCCGGGGUGGGCGGCGCUCAAUACCGACACGAGGAUGUUCGCAGUUGCAUUCCUGUUCAACACCCUAAAAGCUCGUCAUCUUGGAGCCAGAAAGACAGCAUGGACGGACAGUACUGAGCGAAUAAGACUAAUCAGUUACCUGGAGGCAAUCUUAGAUUCGGCUUGUCCUCUCAUAGUAAGGUCUCGUCCUGCUGUAGCCCCUGGAGCUGCGGUCGUGCUCCCAGCGGCAACUGAAAUUGAUCCAGCUGCACCUUCUGGGACAACAUUCCAGGAUCAGCUAGUCAGAACCUACGGAGCGGGCGGUGGAGCUGCAACUUGGGCGGGCGACAUAGUAACGGUAACACUUCCACAGGCACUAGCAGCUCAAGCAGAACAUUACAUGAGCGCUCAAUUCACAUUUGUAUUGGCGCUCGCUAAGAAAGGUGAUAUGACUCGCCAAUUUAGCGUUAAAGCCACACGGAGCCUUCAGCUGGAACUCGGUCUUUCAAACAUGGAAAUCUACAGUGACGAAGUGGCUUGGAUCGCGACCCGGGUUAUCAACUCAGCUAGUCUUCCGACAGAGGCCUCUUGGGCCGCAUUGUUCGCCUCAGUUCUUGCGGGAAACAAUAUUUCGAAGCGAGUCAGGACAGUCACGAACUGGGCUCAGAGGGCCGGCACGACCAAACUACAAAUACUAUCAUCUUUUAUGAAACGCCAGUCGACAAGCAACAACUUAUGUAAAAACAAUGAAGAUUGCACCUGUGUGCGUACCUUCAUGGAGGCGUACAGGAAGAGUACGUACAAUCUGCAACAACCAAAAAACUUAUAA